AUGCCAUCCAGACUGAGGAAGACCUGGAAACUUCAGGGCCAUGUGGUCCACAGCCUCAUGGGCAAGCACCAAAAGCACUCAGGACACCAGGGUCAUGCUGGUGGCAUGCUUCACCAUAGGAUCAACUUCGAUCAAUAUCACCCAGGUUACUUUGGAAAAGUUGGUAGGAGGCAUUACCACUUAAAGAGGAACCAGAGCUUCUGCCCAGUUGUCAACCUUGAUAAACUGUGGACAUUGGUCAGUGAGCAGAUGCGGGUAAAUGCUGCCAAAAAUAGGACUGGAGCUGCUCUUAUCAUUGAUGUGGUGCAAUUGGGCUACUACAAAGUUUUGGGAAAAGGAAAGCUCCCAAAACAGCCUGUCAUCCUGAAAGCCAAAUUCUUCAGUAGAAGAGCUGAGGAGAAGAUUAAGGGUGUGUUUUUGGGGUGCUGCAUCCUGGUAGCUUGA